GUUUCAUAUUCCAUCCAGGCUAGGAAAAAAAGCUGGCCUAGAUGACAAUGACCCCCAAAACAGCCUUGACCUUGGGUCUAGUGCUGUUCAUGUACAGCUUCUGUAUGGCCAGCAGACGGAGCAGCUGUGAUGACGACAGAUAUUGGAAACUAAAAUUUGAUAUCUUCAAACCCUACUGUGUCAGAUUGGCUUCUGCCGGCGAUAAAGACAUUUGUAACAGAUGUCCACUAAAGCCCACAACAACAACCACCGAAAUAACGUCUACAACUACAACAACCACCCCCACACCGACAACCACACCGACACCUGCAGUAACGGAUCUGAGACUUCCAACAUCAGUCUCACCUCUCCACUACAACAUCGAAAUCACCACGUUCAUUCACUACACGGAUCCUGCGAACUUUUCAUACACGGGUUCCGAGAAGAUCUGGAUCCAGUGCAACACACCCGCCGACAACGUGACCAUCCACUUCCGGGUUCUGACCAUAGACCCCGCCUCAAUUAAGUUCUAUGGCGACCCCGUCUCGUCAGAUGACCCGCUCUACGUCACGUCAUCAGUCGACCUGGUCAGGGAGUUUUUCAUCAUCAAGUUGGACAGGAAUAUGCAGGUUGGAAAAACUUACAUUUUGGAGCUGAGAUUUACUUCAGUGUUGAAUAACGAUCUGGCUGGCCUCUACUACAGUGUGUACUCAAACAAUGGGAAACAAACGUAUAUAGCCACUACACAAUUGGAGCCGGUAGACGCCAGAAAAGCCUUCCCCUGUUUUGACGAGCCGGCACUGAAGGCCACGUUCAACCUGAGCCUAGUACAUCCCAGCUCCAUGAUCUCACUGGCCAACACUCUACCCGUGGCCACUGGGCCAGCCUUUGUUGUUGAUGGAGUGGAAUAUGUACGAGAUAUUUACCUCCCUUCCCCGAAGAUGUCUUCUUAUCUAGUGGCUUUUGUUAUUUGUGACUUUUCUUUUAAGUCUACUGUUACUGCCAAUGGUGUUCUGUUCCGUUCAUGGACCACGACCAGUACCCUUGACCAGAUCGACUACGCCCUUGAUAUCGGUGCCAAAACUCUCACAUUUUAUGAAGAGUUUUUCGGAAUUAAAUACCCAUUGCCUAAACAAGAUAUGAUUGGAAUUCCCGACUUUGUCGCAUCAGCUAUGGAAAACUGGGGUCUAAUUACAUACAGACAGAGCUACCUUCUGUAUGAACAAGGAAUAUCCAAUGAAAAUGAUAAAGAGACGGUGUCUAAUGCAGUAACACAUGAACUGGCGCAUCAAUGGUUUGGUGACCUUGUUAGCCCUGCCUGGUGGGAUGACAUAUGGCUGAACGAGGGGUUCGCGACCUUUGUGGAGUAUCUGGGAGUUGACAAUGUGCACCCAGAGUGGAAAUAUUUUGACAUCAUGGUAGUCAAAGAGAUCCACGGUGCUCUACAGCUGGACAGCCUUGUGACAUCCCAUCCACUCUAUGUUCCAGUCAGCCUUGUUUCAGAUAUUCUACAAAUUUUUGACAGCAUCUCGUACUCUAAGCGUUUGGAAAAUAUCUAG